CUUCUCAUUUUUGUUCAUACUACUUUGAGUCUCAUGUUCAAUCAACGAGAAAUAGAGUUGGUCGAAAUGAUGAUGGAGGCCAGGUCGAUGCAGUUGAACGAAAUUUAUCUUUCUUCAAUCAUCCCGGCCGAUCGCAUGGAACUUGUAAGAGUUGGUAUUUAAAUGAUAUGGAAUUACAUGCUGCCCAUUUGCAUAUCCUACUUAACUGUGACGAAGUUAAACCAUAUAUAAAAUUCUUUGAGCAACACUUGGUGGCAACCUUUCCAAAUAUCUCUCAAGCUGAUAUUGAUGGUCUUACUGCAUCUGAGUUUCCAACUUGGUUUCGAUCGUAUGUUCAUGAUAGAAAUAACAUGGUAGUAGAUCAGUUAUUACACCACUUAGCAUGGGGUCCUAAGAAAAAGGUGGAGACUUGGCCUAUUUACUUUGUCAAUGGUUUUAAGUUUCAUACAGAAGAGUGGACUGUCAAUAAGAAAACCAUCAUUUCUGGAGUUUGUGUUGAGGGUGAUGAUGAAGAGGAUGAACACUAUUAUUAUGGUGUCCUUAAAGAGAUUUUGCGGCUAGAGUACCCAGGAGAACCAAUCAAACAAUUAGUGUUAUUUAACUGUGAAUGGUUUGAUUCUGUCAUCAAUCGUGGGAUGAAGGUUAAUAAAGAAUAUGACAUUGUGGAGGUUCAUCGUUCUAGAAGGUAUUCAAAAUAUGACCCUUUCAUAUUUGCAACAAAUGCGAUUCAAGUGUACUACAUGCCUUACCCAAAACAUAUAAAAGAAAAGGUUGAUUGGUGGGUUGUUACUAAAACCAAACCAAUGGGUACAGUUGAUGAUCGGUAUGCAUUGGAGGUUGCAUUUCAAGAUACAACAACUCAUGUGGACCCGGUUUCAAAUGAAGAGCUAGAUGGUCACUUGAGAGAUGAUGAAGCUUUAUAUGAGGAUGAGGAUGAGGAUGAGGAUGAGGAUGAGGAUGAGGAUGAGGAUGAGGAUAAGGAUGAGGAUGAGGAUGAGGAUGAGAAUGAGAAUGAGAAUGAAUAUACAUCUUCAAAUGAUGAUAAUUAGAAUGUGACAUUAUGUUUUUCUUA